AUGGCCUAUAAUUGGCAACCUCAACCUCGUUGGUCCUCUGCCUCAUCAGUCCGCUCACAAGCCCAAACUUAUGGACCAAUAAUGCAGGUUAAGCUUGGCUCCUGCCCAGUUGUAGUUGCCUCAUCUCCAGAAAUGACAAAGCAAUUUUUAAAGACGCAUGAUCACAUCUUUGCCUCUAGGCCUCAAACUGCAGCAGGCAAGUACCUCAAUUAUGGCUACCUCAAUGUCACUUAUGCACCUACGACCCAACAAUGGUAUAAGAGUAACACUCUAAAUUCCAACAUGCGUAGUUAA